GGGGCCGAUCGCCUUCUUGGCGGCGGAGGCUGCUUCAGUGGCGGCGCGUCCGUCCUUGGAGAAGGAGGGCAGGAGCAGCGGGAGGCGCCCGGGCGGGCGGGCAGCAUGGUGAUGGCCGAGCCCCGGCGGCUUCCCCCGGCCCCCGCUGCCCCGCUCCUGCCGCCGCCUCCGCCGCCGCCUCCCGCGCCGCCUCCGCCGCCUCCUCCGCGGGGUCUCUCCGGGGGCCCCGUCCGCGUCGGCUUCUACGAGAUCGAGGGCACCCUGGGCAAGGGCAACUUCGCCGUCGUCAAGCUGGCAAGGCAUCGCAUCACUCGCAGCGAGGUGGCGAUAAAAAUCAUUGACAAAUCUCAGCUAGACUCUGUGAACCUGGAGAAAAUUUAUCGUGAAGUGCAGAUAAUGAAAAUGCUGGACCAUCCACACAUUAUCAAGCUUUAUCAGGUGAUGGAGACCAAAAGCAUGCUGUACCUUGUGACAGAAUAUGCCAAAAAUGGAGAAAUAUUUGAUUAUCUUGCUAAUCAUGGCCGUUUGAGCGAGUCUGAGGCCAGGCGUAAAUUCUGGCAAAUCCUCUCCGCGGUUGAGUACUGUCACAGCCGGAAGAUUGUACACCGUGACCUCAAAGCUGAAAACCUCCUGCUUGAUAACAACAUGAAUAUUAAAAUUGCAGAUUUCGGGUUUGGCAAUUUCUACAAAAGUGGUGAGCCUCUGACAACGUGGUGUGGAAGCCCCCCGUAUGCAGCCCCUGAAGUGUUCGAAGGCCAGCAGUACGAGGGUCCCCAGCUGGAUAUUUGGAGCAUGGGUGUAGUUCUCUAUGUUUUAGUCUGUGGAGCACUGCCUUUUGAUGGUCCUACCCUCCCCAUCCUGAGACAGCGAGUUCUAGAAGGAAGAUUCCGGAUCCCCUAUUUCAUGUCCGAAGAGUGUGAACAUCUUAUCCGGAGGAUGCUGGUCCUGGAUCCAUCAAAGAGGCUGAGCAUUGCACAGAUUAAAGAACACAAGUGGAUGCUGGUAGAGAUUCCUGUCCAAAGGCCUGUUCUCUAUCCUCAGGGCCAAGAGAAUGAGCCCUCCCUUGGAGAAUACAAUGAGCAAGUUUUGAGGUUGAUGCACAGCUUGGGCAUAGACCAGCAGAAAACCAUUGAGUCCCUUCAGAACAAGAGCUACAACCACUUUGCUGCUAUCUAUUACUUGCUCGUAGAGAGACUCAAGUCCCAUCGCAGUAGCUUCCCUGUGGAGCAACGGCUAGAUUCCCGCCAGCGACGACCAAGCACCAUCGCUGAACAAACAGUUGCCAAGGCCCAGGCUUCCAUGCCUCCCAUAAAUCUGCGUCCCCAGAAUGUAAGGCUGCUAAGGUCUCCUGGCCUCCCACCCACAGCUGCUGAAGCAUUCUCCUUUCCCCCUUCUGCCUGCCAGGCGGAAUCAGCUUUCAUGGAGGAAGAGAGAAUUGACACACCAAAGGUGAAUGGCUGCCUGUUGGAUCCUUUGCCCCCAAUGAUGGUCAGGAAAGGCUGCCAGUCCCUGCCAAGCAGCAUGAUGGAAACCUCCAUCGAUGAAGGAAUAGAGACGGAAGGAGAGUCCGAAGAGGAUCCUGCUCAAGCGUUUGCCGCCCUGCAAGCCACUCGCUGUGGAAAGAAGCGCCAUACUCUGGCAGAAGUCACCAACCAGCUGGUGGUCAUGCCAGGCACAGGAAAAGUCUUUUCCAUGGACGAAAACCAGUCUUUGAGCAGUGUUGACUCUGAAUAUGACAUGGGGUCCAUCCAGAGAGAUCUUAACUUCCUAGAAGAUACCCCCUCUUUGAAAGAGAUGGUUCUGACCAAUCCGCCAGCUCCUCGAAUGACGCCUCCGUUCAUCGGUCUGAGGCCCACUAAUCCAGCCAUGCAGGCGCUGGCCUCCCACAAACGGGAGGCCCACAACCGGUCCCCUGUCAGUUUCCGAGAGGGGCGCAGGGCAUCGGACACGUCCCUAACACAAGGAAUUGUAGCAUUUAGACAGCACCUUCAGAAUCUGGCACGAACCAAAGGAAUCCUGGAGCUGAAUAAAGUCCAGCUGUUGUACGAACAGAUGAGGACAGAAGACGAGCCUGCCUUGGGGUCCCCUUCCCAUCAGCUUCAAGACCUCGGAGGUGGUCUACAACAGGAGGAUGCCUCCCAGCAGCCGGAUGCUGCCUCUGCCUUUCCAAACGGCUUGCACCCCCAGUUGCUCUCCAGGCGGCAGAGCUUAGAAACACAGUAUUUGCAGCACAGGCUCCAGAAGCCCAACCUGCUUUCCAAAGCCCAAAAUGCCUGCCAGGUGUUUUGUAAGGAGCUGCCCCGGAGCCUUGAACAACAGUUACAGGAGCACAGGCUGCACCAGAAGCGUCUGUUCCUGCAGAAGCAAUCCCAGCUGCAAGCCUACUUCAACCAGAUGCAAAUUGCAGAAAGUUCGUAUCCAGGGUCAAGCCAUCUGCCCCUUCCUUGCCAUGAAGAUCAGCCAGCCCCAGCUCCGACCCCACCCCAGUUCAGUUUGGUGCAGCCCCUGAGCCCCGUCAUGGAGCCUUCUGCGGAACAAAUGCAAUACGACCCUUUCCUUAGUCAGUAUCCAAAGCUGCAUCCACUGGACCAGUCUCCCUCACCCCCAAUCCACAGCUUGCCACGGUUGGCGUCGCAGCUUUCAAUGCAACAACCACAGCAGCAGUAUCCCUACCAGACUUGCGACGUGCCAAUUGGCACCUCACCCGAACCAGACUAUGCCAACCAACACCAAUACCCCCUAGGCCUGGCCCAGCAGAGCGGCACUGUAGCAAUGAGCAACACCCAGAGGAGUUCGGAAACUCCUGGGUCCCAGUCCAACUAUGACACCUUAGGCCUGGCAGAGCUGCCUGCACUCUUUGAUUGUGAAAUGAUGGAGACUGUUGACCCCCAGCACGGCGGUUACGUCUUGGUGAACUAGCAGACGUUGGCAUGUUGUAGGUAGGCGGCUGGAGGGUUGAAAUGAAAGACGGAAACGUCUGUGGAUUUCCAUUUACGUUCUAUCUCUAAAAAUGUAUUGGCUUAGUCCCCAGUCCUUGACCUUAAUGGACAAUUAUACAAACCCUUCUCUAUUGGUACUAUCAAGGGAUGGCUAAGCAUCGCUCGCAAGAGAAAGCUUGGUGGAAGGGGUUAGAGAGCAGUGCUGCAUUUUCAAGAGAAGGAGGAAGUAUUUUGAAGGGAAAGAGGCAACACAUCUCAAGAAAGGAAGGAAGGAGGUGUUGGUCUUCUGUCACCUUGGUAUUUUGUUUGCCCUGCAACCCCUGGCAGAAUUCUGGAAGAAUAGAUGUGGGACACACCAUACUUCUUGGCAAUAAAAGCAAUACAUUUUAUUUGGAACUUGGUGUGGGAAUGACAUUAAAGCAAAUUAGGACCGGCAUAUGCCAGAGGCAUGGACUUGACCCAUCCCUGAGCUGCUUGCAUUGGACUCAGCUGCCGCCUCACAGGACACAGAACACCUCCAAGCAAUGUUGCUUUCUUCUCUUGGCUGGUGACUCUAGGAAAUGGCUAAUCUUUAUAUACCCUGGUUAGUCCCUGGACCUUUAGCACAAGGGCCAACCAUCGUUGUCAUCAAAAGAGCACCGGCACUCACGUCCAGGAUUUCCGUGGGACUAAAGUGGCUCCAGGAGACCCUCCAAAGAUAAGCAAGGAAAGAAGUGGGGAGCGAUGGGAACUGACUUGGAAGGGAAGGGGCUAACAAGGAAGCCUUGCACAGAAGCUUGGGGAAAAGUGGAUCACUGGAGAAGUUGGUAUAAGCUGCCCACUGUUGCUUGUUUGCUGUCUUAAAAGAAGCAGCUCUACUAGGACUGAAUGGUGUGCAUUGCCGGUGGUUUCUUAGGUUUUGUAUAUUUGGACAGUUAUUUAGGGAUGUAGCAAUUUAAGGACAACACAAAAUGAGCUUAUCAAAAAAAACCCAUGUGAAGUGAUAGUGCCGUGCCUUUUUUUGGGUUCUUUUCAAGACUCUUAACCUUUCCUUACUCCCCCAAAUCUUCCCUCCGGAGUAGAAAAACACCCCCUUUUGUGUCCAUGCUGACGCCAAAGUCCCUUCAGAGCCCACGUUCCACCAUGUGGAACCCAGGUUGAACGUUUUCCUUGAGUGGUUCUGACUCAUUCCUCUCUAUAUCUGAAACGUUAAGAAGUAUUACAGCAAUAUUUAGGAUCAAUAACUGUUGACGUGUUCACCGCUUCAACAGCCAACUGCUCUGCAAAGCACUUGGCCUAGGCCUUGGUUAGUGUGACAAUUCCAUAGGAAGACAAGACAAUCCCUCCUGUGUGUGUCACAUAGAGGAGUGAUCUCUCCCUCUCUCAUGCCAAAUGCUGUUGACAGUGUUAAGGGAAGGUGCUGGUGGUCUUGAGCAUCCUGGUGGGAGCAGACAAAGAAUUAAGCACAACACAGACUUGUUUAAGCACAAAGAACAGUGGACACACAGCGUUGAUCUGGACUAGCUAUUGGUGAGGGGUUCAGUCUGUUCCCCUUCAGGCUGUAGGUGUGACUGGGGGAGCAUUUGGUUAGAAGUGAGGAGAGGACCUCUCCUGAAACUGCUGCUUGUUCUAAAGAUAUGUUUUAAAAGUUUUGAAGAUGAGGAGAAACACAGUACCCCAAUUGCAUGACCAUCCUAGGUGCUUGUGAAGGGGAACCGUUGGCUUCCCAGACUCCACCAACCCAUUUCUCAGCUAAUGAGCCCUAAACUUGGACUCCUCUUCUUGCACUCGAGACCCUUUGAAUCCACUUUCACCACUUUGGUUGCGGCCCAAGGAAUCCAGGGAUUUGUGGUCUGGAGAGGCCCCAGAGCUCUCUGUCUGAGAAUUCUCAAUACCUCACUAAAUUACAAAUCCCAGGGUGCCAGAGGAUGGGACCAUGGCUGUUAAAGCAGAGCCGAAGGGCUACAAUUGUCGAGUGCAGAAGGGCCCCUGGCGUUUGAAUGCCCCUUGGGUGAUAACUAGAUGAUAACUGGGCCCAUCUGAACAGGAAAGCUUCUUUUUCUUUCCCUUUUCUCACUCUUUGCCUCAUUCUGUUUUUGUCUGCGUGCGUCUUUCACACCAAGCAAUGUUUAAACUGACUUCAUGCCUUGAGGACUUCAUUUUUUGCUCUUUGGCAGUUUCCACCAGCCUGAUGCCCUCCAUAUGCGUUAGGCACCGCUGCCUAGUAGAGGGGAGUCUGGGAGUUGAAGUCCAACACAGCUGGAGGGCAUGGGGCUGGGAAGAUUCAAUCCCCCUCACCCCCCACACACGCUAUUUCUUUGCCAGGUGAGCCAGGAGUAGAACCUAUAUGCCUCUUCCUGAAACACUGCAGUUUUUCUCCGCAUGGAGAUAUUUUCCUGCGAGGUCCUCUUCAUUUCACAUGGGGUGAGGAGAAGAGAGCUCAGCUCAGCUGAUGCCAUCUUGCCUUAUUUCCUUUUUCGCAGCAGGAGACCCCAGGGGCCCUGCAGACAUGGCCACCCUUCUGCAGGAGUGUUAUGGGUACUUGCUUAACUUGUCAGGGAUUCCUCUGGUGGAGGAGACAGAAGGGUCUGCUGUAAACCAAGGGUGCACAACUGACACCCAUGGGCCCUAUUCUGUCCUCAGCAGGGUCUCCUUUUUGCCCGGGAAGUUCAGAGCCCCCUGGCUUAUAUUGACCUAAACCAGGGGUGGGUAAGGUCUACCCUAAAGGCCGUGAGCAGCCCUCCGGGGCUCUUUGUGGCUCCCAAGACCCAGCCAGGGCAUCAGUGUUUUUCUCAUGAUGUUCCCAAAUGUUCCUGUAUGGAGUGUGGGAUGGCAUUCUUGCCAUGUUUUAGGAUGGCUCCCUGGGUUAUUUCAGGUCCAUGGGAGGCCGUUGUCUGAAGUGACUAAAAGUUGCUGUAAAAAGACCUUUCUUGGGCUUAAAAUGCUCAAGGGAGCCCUCCCAAAACUUGGUGGAAAUGGCCCCUACUCCUCUAGAGGUCAUCCUGAGGCAAAACAAUUGAUGUCUUUUGUGUUGGAGGGUCUGGUGGGUGUGGCCCUUUAAAGUUUCUUGAGGGAACCAAUGUCUCGCAGUCACCCCUGGCCUUAGAUCUUGGUGGGUGGGAUGCAUCUGGUAGGCCCUACAAUGCCUACCCUCAAAUCUCUCGCGUUAUGUUCCAUAGUAUUAACUUGGCAGAGAAGAAGGGGUGCCAUCACAUGGGGAAGAUGAAGAGAUCCAGCUCAGGCAACGCUGGUCUUCCUUGGCUCCUGCAUGACAGAUUUGUGAGCAAACAUCCUUGGUCUGGUGAGUCCAGAGGAGUUUUUUCUGAUCCCAGUUCCUUGCUUCUCCCCAGGUCCAGGGAACCCCAUAAGUGGCCAGGAAGGGCCUGGUGCCGCUGCCCAAUGGGGCUGAAUGGAGGGUGACAGAGCAGCAUUCAGGGCAGAGAGGGAACCAACUUCAUUUCUGUAGGCAGUUGCUUUGUACCUCAGCCUAUGGAGGUAGCAGUCAUGUGUGUCAACCCUAGACUAGGACCGCUCUUCUUCCAGCUUCACACUUUGUGGUUCUGCACAUUUGAUGUCAUUCCUCUUACAAUAUAAUCGAGGCAACCGGGCUUUUCCCUUUAAGCCAAGCUCACAUUGGUACCCCUGGGACACACACUGCCUUUCCCUCUGUAUUCUUGCUCCUUCACAAUAAUAGCUGCUUCCGUCAAGUCUGCCGUGUCUGUUGUUAGAGGAUCUGUGUAUACUACUGUAUAACAACUACUAGCUUUACGAGUUUUUAAUACAAGUUCCUUUGGAGAGACUUUGGUGAGGUGUACAUGGCGGGGUAAAAGGACAUAAUUUCUUUUCUUUUUUUCCCAUAUGGAGACAAGUGCAAUAUGUGUGUGUGGUACGUUCUUUAAUGUAUUUUUUUAAAAAGAGUUGCAAGGGUUUAGUCUUCGCUUUGGGAGAAAUGCACUAGUUUUGUGAGCAUCAGUUUGGGGGGCCGUCCCUCUGUAGUAUCGACACGCAGUCGGGAUGCUGGGACUCUGUAACAGCAAUUACAGUAUAUUGAUGCAAAAUAAAGAACAUGGACCUUC